UAGACAGACACGAUGCUUAAAUAUAAUUUAAUUGUUGCAGUAUGCGAAAACUUUGGCAUUGGUUUCAAGGGCGAUCUGCCCUGGCGUCUAAAAUCCGAGCUUAUGUAUUUCAGUCGCACAACAAAGCGCGUUAGUGAUCCCUCCAAGCGCAAUGUCGUCAUCAUGGGGAAGAAGACUUAUUUGGGUGUGCCGCCCACUAAGCGUCCGCUGGCUGAUCGUCUGAACAUUGUUCUAAGCACUACAAUGACCCAAAAAGAGCUGCCAGAGAAUGUCUUGUUGUGCCGCAGCUUAGACGAGGCCAUGCAAACUUUAGAGAGCAAACCCUGGUGCAAACAACUAGAGAACAUUUGGAUUGUAGGCGGCAGCGGGGUAUAUGCGGAAGCAAUGGAAUCGCCCCGUUGUCAUCGUCUUUAUCUAACCAAAAUCCAAGAGCGAUUCGAAUGUGAUACAUUCUUUCCAAAUAUACCGGUGAGCUUUCAGGAAGUGCCACUCGAUGAAUACACUCCACAUGGCGUACAAGAGGAGAACGGCAUUAAAUACGAGCACAAGAUAUUGGAAAAACAUUAAUAUAUAAAAUAGAAAGAAAAACA